CGGAAAAAGUCCCACAAAGAUGGUUACAAAAUCUUCGAAUCACGAGUAAUCGUACGUCAAACACAAACCAUCCCUUGUCACAAAAACUCGGCAUCCUCGAACAAUUCCUCUCAAUCGAAUACUCGUAUUUCAACCCCUGGGUGACCGAAAAAGUAGUCAAACCAAUAUUCGGUCAUGGCCACCAGACCCUACCGAAUGUUAAACGUUGGUGGACAAAUAUUAGUGAGAAACCUGCUUGGAAGAAAGCAAUUGCGAUGCUCAAAAAUAAAUCAUUU